AAGGAAAAAAAAAAAAAUAAUAAUUUCCAGUAAAAUUAGUCAAUUUUAUGCAGUUAUAAAUAAGUUUCAGGCUUCAGCCAUUGUUUGUGAGUUCUCCCAUUAAAUCUCCCAGAUUCACAUUUUCUCUCUCUUCAGCUACCUGAUUUUGAUUUUACGGUUUAACAAAGGGGAAAAUGGCAAGGAAGAAGAUCAGAGAGUACGAUUCAAAGAGGUUGAUUAAGGAGCAUUUUAAGAGAAUUUCUGGUUCUGAACUACCCAUUAGAUCAGCUCAAAUUACAGAGUCAACCGACCUGAAUGAACUUGUUCAGAAUGAGCCAUGGCUAUCAUCUGAAAAGUUGGUUGUGAAGCCUGACAUGUUGUUUGGGAAGCGUGGCAAAAGUGGUUUAGUUGCCCUCAAUCUGGACUUUUCCCAGGUUACUGCUUUCGUAAAAGAACGUCUUGGCAAAGAGGUGGAGAUGGGUGGAUGUAAAGGACCUAUUACUACUUUCAUUGUCGAGCCUUUCAUUCCACACAAUGAAGAGUUUUAUCUUAACAUUGUCUCAGAAAGACUGGGGAACAGUAUAAGCUUCUCAGAGUGUGGUGGAAUUGAGAUUGAAGAGAACUGGGAUAAGGUAAAAACAAUCUUUGUUCCCACUGGUGUUUCUCUUACUUCUGAAGUCUGUGCUCCUCUGGUUGCUACUUUACCUUUGGAGUUCAAAAGUGUUAUUGAGGAGUUUAUCAAAGUCACUUUUUCCCUGUUUUUAGAUCUGGAUUUCACUUUCCUAGAAAUGAAUCCUUUCACAUUAGUCAAUGGGAGCCCCUAUCCUUUGGACAUGAGAGGCGAGCUAGAUGAUACUGCUACCUUCAAGAAUUUCAAGAAGUGGGGUAAUAUCGAAUUUCCAUUGCCAUUUGGAAGAGUUAUGAGCCCAACAGAGAGCUUUGUUCAUGGUCUAGAUGAAAAGACAAGUGCGUCCUUGAAAUUCACAGUUUUGAACCCUAAGGGAAGGAUUUGGACCAUGGUGGCUGGAGGAGGAGCCAGUGUGAUCUACGCAGAUACUGUUGGGGAUCUUGGCUAUGCAUUUGAGCUUGGGAACUAUGCUGAAUAUAGUGGUGCUCCUAAUGAAGAUGAGGUCUUACAGUAUGCCAGAGUAGUAAUUGAUUGUGCUACUGCAGAUCCUGAUGGUCGCAAGAGAGCCCUCGUAGUUGGUGGAGGUAUUGCUAAUUUUACUGAUGUUGCUGCUACCUUCAAUGGAAUAAUCAGAGCUCUGAAGGAGAAGGAAUCAAAGCUUAAAGCCGCAAGAAUGCACAUUUAUGUGAGGAGAGGAGGUCCAAAUUACCAGAAGGGUUUGGCUAAAAUGCGGCUGCUUGGAAAAGAGAUUGGAAUUCCUAUUGAGGUGUGCGGGCCUGAGGCAACAAUGACCGGAAUAUGCAAGCAGGCCAUUGAAUGUAUUAGUGCUGCUGCUUAAUCGGGUCUCAGAAAUUCUAAUUUGUCAGUACUUGCCUCUACAGUGCUAGUUUAUAGCUGAUAUAGAUUUAGCACAAAUUUGAUGAUGUUUUAUAGAUUUGUUGUGUGCUCUAGAGCAGAUGCAUUUGUUAGCACAGAAUGAAGUUCCUUUUUCUGUUGUUGAUACUGAUAAACAGUGUAUAAUACCUUGAAUAAAGUCAUUAGUUUCAUUCAAGGAUUAUGAUAAUGAAAUGUGAUAAAUUCCUUGACCUAUA